AUGGGUCCAAACAGAGGCGGCGGUCGACGCACCGGCGGCGGUGGCCACCAGAACGGCCAGAAAGAAAUGAGCAAAGAGAAAGUCAAGAUGCAAAAAGAAAAAGAGGAAAAGAUGAAACGAAGAAGAGAGAGUACUGCUACCACAGAACACGGACGAGGAGGAAACGGAGGACGAGGAGGAGGACGAGGAGGAGGCGGACGAGGGAGUGGGACAUCGAACGCGAGCGAAAAGAUUGACAUGACGAGCGCGCAGCAAAAUAUGGUUGGGAAUUUGAUUAGCAGUUUGAGCUUGACUGGUGGGCGAGGAGCGAGCGCGGGCGGUUCGGCGAGUUCUGCUAUUCGCACGGACGUGGACCAAGACGACGUGGAUAGAAAAUGUUUCGAGGAGUUGACGAGGAAAAAAGGAUUCGCGGAAUCGCAGGCGAAGAAGGCGAUGGAGAAGACGACGGCGCAAAGAGCGAAGGAUGGGGAUUUGGCGCAAGGGUUCAACGAGCAAAAGAAACGCAGAGUACAUCGAGCCAUGGAUUGGUUGAUUUUGAACUGCUCGUACGAGGAGUUACCGGAGGCGUUCAAGAAAAGCGCGAAGGAGGCGAGGGAUUCGAGGAAGAAGAAGAAGGGAGGAGAAGAGGAGGACGACGAGGACGACGAGGUUGGCGCGACGGCUUCCUCUUCCUCGAGGGAAACGGACGUGACGAAGGAGUUGUUUUUUGCCGGUUUCGGGAAGAAGAUUGCAAAGAUGGCCGUUUUGAACGCUCGAGGAGAAGAGAAUAAAAAAGGCGACGUCGCGUUGGAUGAUUUGCUGUCGGCGAUGAGCGAGAGUUUGAAGAAAACGGCGCUGAAAAGAGCGAAGCUGGCGUUCGCGGAAUCUGGAUUAGAAGACGCCUCGAAAGAACGAAUCGAAGAGAUUCUUCUCGACGCGAGAAGGGAAGAGUUGGCGGAUAUUGGUGGAUUAGAUGUAGAGGAUAUUGAGGACGAUAAUUUCGCGCAGUUUGAAAUACAAAUGAAAGGCGUCGUCUCGCUCGGGAAGAAGAAACCUACGCACGCGACGCUUUCGUUGGAUUUUAGAAGAUCGAAAUUGUACCCUUUCGAGCCUCCGAGAGUACAUUUUACGCACCCGACGCUCACGUUUGGACGACAAGCGGCGGUAACGCGGGCUUUGGUGGAAGUAAGCGCGAGUGAGGAGUAUUUGGGCGAACCGAUGUUGGACGGAUUGAUCGAUUGGCUUUCCGGGGAUGGACCUUUGGAUGCGAUGGAAAAAUACCGCGUAAACGCCGAAACGUUGAUCGAUGCGUAUUACGAAGACGACGACGAAGAAGAAAACGAAAACGAAGACGACAACAAUAAAGGAGGAAUUCCGCGACCGAAAACAUUAACAAACGCAGUUCCGACUACAUCAAACAAAGGAGCUCCUCUUUCCCAAAACGACCGUCUGAAAAUUCAAAGCGAACGGGAUAAGAAAUUUGCGGAACAAAAGAAAGCGAUGUUAAAACACGAGGCGCAAACUCAAUCUCAACGCGACGCGGAAGCACUGAAAAACUUACAAGUCUUGGGCGAGCGCAUUCAAAUUGAAGAGGCGAAAGCUUUGACUUUGCCCAAAAACGUGGAAACUUCGAAAGCUUUGAAGUCGCAGUUAGAGAACAAAUUGAUGCAGAAAGAGAGCGAUCCGAUGAUGAAAGUUCGAGAAAGGUUACCUUCGUGGUCGAAGAGACACGCGCUCAUCGAAGCAAUCGAAAGAAACCAAGUCUGUGUCGUCGUCGGGGAAACUGGAUGCGGUAAAACGACGCAACUCCCGCAAUUUAUUUUAGAUAACGAAAUCGCCAAGGAGCGCGGCGCGACGACGUCGAUCAUAUGUACACAACCGCGGAGAAUUUCCGCUACGUCUGUCGCGCGUCGCGUUGCUCAAGAGCGAAAUGAAACGAUAGGGAAAACUGUUGGUUAUAGCAUUCGAUUAGAAUCGAAACAAUCCAGAGAGACGAGAAUCAUGUUUUGCACUACCGGGGUAUUGUUGCGUCGACUGACCGAAGACCCUUUGCUAGCGAAAGCGACGCACAUCGUCGUAGACGAAGUCCACGAAAGAAGCUUGGAUUCCGAUUUCUUGCUCGUGUUGCUGAGAGACGUUCUACCGCACCGGCCGACUCUGAAAGUGAUAUUGAUGUCUGCGACGCUUGACGCGGGACAAUUUCAGAGAUAUUUUAAAAAGGCGUGCGUUUUAACAAUCCCAGGCUUCACGCAUCCGGUCCAAGAACACUUCCUCGAAGAUAUCUUGAACGCGACCGGAUAUCAACCGAAACACGGCUCCGAAUAUUGCAUUCGCAUUCCAAAGAUGAAAUAUCGCGAUCAAAUUCAAAUGUCGCCGGACGAAGUUCGUUUUCACGAAUCUCUCAAACGAAGCGGGAGAUAUCCCGAAGGCGUUUUGCACGCGUUGCGUAACUUGGACGAGGAGAAGAUCAAUUACGAGUUGGUGGUGGAACUAUUGGAAAAAAUCGUGCAAACGACUCCGCAAGAGGGCGCGAUUCUCGUCUUCAUGCCCGGUCUCGCAGAAAUUCAAAAGUUACACGAGUCUUGCGCCGCUUCGCGCGUUCUGUUCAAAGCGACGGAUAACGGUACGUAUCUCAUUGCUUUGCACUCCGCGUUGGCAACGUCAGAAUCGACUAUCGCUUUCGAUAAACCCAAAAGUAAGUCGAGCAGGAAAAUUAUCAUAUCGACAAACAUUGCGGAAACUUCGAUAACGAUCGACGACGUCGUAUACGUCCUCGAUUCCGGUAAAGUGAAAGAAAACGGCUACGAUCCGAGCACGCGCAUGUUACAAUUGAAAGAACAGUGGAUUUCGCGAGCGUCUGCGAAGCAACGACGCGGAAGAGCUGGAAGAGUCCAACCCGGACAGUGUUAUCGCUUGUACUCGCGGAGAUACCACGACGAAGUAUUCGCCGAACGUCAAGAGGCAGAAAUCAAGCGCGUACCUUUGGAAGGUUUGUGCUUACAAAUUCAGCUGCAACGCAUGUCCGGCGGUAUCUCUGGCUUUCUCUCGCGAGCAUUAGAACCUCCAGAGUCAAACGCCGUUGACGUUGCCGUGAAAACUUUAAAAAGGCUAGGCGCUUUAGACGAUCGCGAUAAUUUAACGCCUCUCGGCGCGCACUUGGCGAAUUUACCCGUCGACGUUCGGGUCGGUAAAAUGUUACUCUACGGAUGCGUGCUUGGAUGCUUGGAUCCAACGCUCACAAUUGCUGCCGUGCUCGGUUCGCGAUCUCCAUUUCUCUCGCCGCUCGAAAUGCGAGAAGAAGCCGACGAAGCCAAAAUGCAAUUCAGCGAUAACGACUUCAGCGACCACUUGACGAUUCUGAACGCGUACAACGCGUGGCGAGAGGCGAAAAAUAACGGCAAGAAUUUCGAGAAGGAUUUUUGUCGCGACAACUUCCUGAGCAUGAAAGGUUUGUACGGCAUUGCCGAGCAGAGGACGCAGUUUGUGAAACUUUUACGAGAAGCUGGAUUUUUAAACGAACAACGAAAAAAGACGACGACGACAAAACAGAAAAAGAAAGUCGCGACGGUGGAGAAGACUGGUAGUAACGGUGGUGGGAUUCCUAAACCGCGCGGGGGUGUCCCGGUCGUCGUGAAUGAGGACAAUGAGGACGACGAAGAAGAUGAAGACGAAGAGAAGAAACCUGCGUGGGAAUCGGCAAACCGCCACGCUACAAACGUCCGUUUACUCAAAGCCUGUCUCGUCGCCGGAUUGUAUCCGAACGUCUCUCGAGUCGAAUCUGUGAAUAUGAACGUGCAAUCAUCCGGUAACCGAGGCCGCUCGAAUACGACUUCUAACAUCGUCUUUGGCUCGAGUCAACCGCCGCCAAAGCUGAAGUAUUUAGCCGAAGAUACCGGUAAAGAAGCGCCGAUACAAAUCCAUCCGUCGUCGAUAAACGCGAAAGCGAAACAGUUCCCAACUCGAUGGCUCGUGUACCACGAACGCGUUCAAACGGCAAGUAUUUUCAUGCGAGAUUGCACGAGCGUAACGCCGUACCAACUUUUAUUGUUCGGCGGGAAAAUUGACGUCCAACACUCAGCCGGUACCAUUCGCAUGGACGGUUGGGCGACGUUUGAAGCGAACGCGAGGAUUGGCGUCUUGUUGAAAGAAAUUCGCGCGGCGUUGGAUGGUUUGUUGAGAGAGAAAAUAGAAAAUCCAGAGGCUGAGGAAAACGCGAGAGGAGAGACAAUCGUGACGACCAUUUUGCAGCUGUUGAAUAGCGAAGCGGCGUCGUCGCUUUGA